UUCCCAUCGUACAGGCCAAAGACUCCAGUUUCUUUGUGGCUACGAGGCACACGAUAAUUCUCUAUCCUUUGACCUAAUACGGAAAUUUAUAGAUCAAUCUACAAGCGGGAUCUACAUAGCCAGCACCAUGUAAGAUUGAACUCUUCUACUGUCCAAAAUCAUGUUCCGCGAGGCAAACGUACUGUUGUUGCAAUGACAGGUGCAACAGCAGCACCCAUGAAAGUCAAGGCCCUUAUUGCUCUCGGCCGGCUGAAUCGUCCCGUCUGUUCGAAACGAUCCUUAUGAGAUUGGAGCGGCCAUGUCGUUGAUGUUAUGCGUACGAUCAGCCAGCGCUUUUAGCGUAUAGUCAGUCUCGUAGGUCGGCGUUUGUGCUCUCCCCACUUGGAAACCACGAGAUGGGUCUCGAUGUCAUUGUCCCCUGCAGCAUGAAGACGCUAGCUGCGAUCAGUUCCAGUACUCGUGACGAUUUGAUCUCCCGAACAGGGGAUGUUAUGCUGAAAGAGCCAAGAAAAGCGAUUCUGGUGACGAGGGGAACUUGUCCAGCUGUCGAGGAAUGAUAUUCAUAAUA